UUUGUCGGUCUUGAGUUCUUCUCUUUUCAUACUUGGGAAAGGAGUUUUGUCUGUCUUGAGUUCUUCUCUUUCAUACUUGGGAAAGUGAUUACCCCCUUCUUUUUUUCUCAUCUUAUAUCUGUUUUUACCAUUCAACGAUUGUGGAAGAUUGAGCCCAAAUCAAAAGGGAAGAGAAAUGCAUUGACCAUACCUAUAAUCUAUUAAUGUGCAAUUACACAGUGGACACUGGAGCUGACUUAUAGGAGCAAUAUUUGUCAGUUUAUCAUCAUUUUGAGUUGCAAGUUUUUGUUAACAUAGUGAGGAUGCACACGGUUCCCCAUCAACAUCUCCAUAUGUUUGUCGUAAUCUUGUUAAUGCACAUGAAACCAGGUCUUGAAGUUGAAUUCAAUCCAGGAGUUGAAACUACUAGCGGUGGAUGCAUAGAGAGGGAGAGACAUGCACUGUUUAGGAUCAAAGAUGAGCUUAUAGACAACUAUGGUCGUCUCUCUUCUUGGAGGAGUGAAGAAGACAAAAGAGAUUGCUGCAAAUGGGCAGGCAUCACUUGCAGCAACCUGACGGGACAUAUCACAAUGCUUGAUCUUCAUGUCAAGAUGAACGUGUCCAGUUACAAGCCGCUGCGAGGUAACAUGAGUGAUUCUUUGCUUGAACUGAUACAUCUUACUUACUUGGAUUUAAGUCAAAAUGAUUUUGGAGGAAGUCGGUUCCCAAAUAACAACGGCUCCCUUGCCAAGUUACAGUACUUAUUUCUCUUCAAUGCUAAUUUUACUGGCACCAUUUCAUCUAUAGUUAGGAAUCUCUCCAACUUGCAAUCCCUUGAUCUGAGUUACAAUCAUUUUGCUGAUAAUGGAAACAUUGAAUGGGUUUCUGGUCUUUCUUCACUACGUUACCUUAACCUUAGAGGCACUCCUCUCGUCAGGCCAAAUGAUUGGUUGCAAAUUGUUAAUAGGCUUCCUCAACUAGAGAACUUGACACUAUCGUCUUGCUUUUCUGGGAAUGAGAUUCCUUUGUCUCUUUCCCCUGUUAAUUCUUCUUCAGCUCUUACAGUCCUUGAUCUCUCUCGUAAUAACUUCGUCAUCCCAUCAAUAAUCCCAUGGCUUUCAAACGUCACUCAAAACAUCAAGCAUCUCGACCUUUCCUUUAAUUCUUUCUCAGAAAGCUCUACUCUAGAUGCAAUUGGAAAUAUGAUUUCUCUUCAAGGUCUUCAUCUUUCUAAUACUUCACUUGUGGGUGGUUUACCCAGAUCCUUCGGUAACAUGUCUCAGCUGAAUUAUUUGGACCUCUCCAGAAACAAUCUGAAUGUACAGCUUUCUAAGUUGAUUCAGAAUUUAUCUGGAUGCACAGAGAAAUCCCUAGAGCAUUUGGCCUUGCAUGAAAAUAAAAUAACAGGUUCCUUGCCCGACCUCAGUGGAUUUUCAUCUUUAAGACAUCUAUAUCUCGGUAACAACAGAUUGAAUGGGACUAUAGAUAAAAGGAUUGGACAACUAUAUGAGCUAGAGCGUCUGAAUCUUGGUUGGAAUUCAUUGAAUGGUGUCAUCACCGAAGACCAUUUCUUAAAUCUGACCAAUCUGAGGGACUUGAUAUUAUCUGGUAACUCCCUUAUUUGGAAUGUAACUUUCAACUGGGUUCCUCCUUUUUCUUUAGGUAUCAUACAUCUUCAGUCCUGCAAAUUGGGACCUCAUUUCCCAGAAUGGCUUCGAAGUCAAAAGAACUAUUCUGAGCUUGACAUCUCUCAUAAUGAAAUUUCUGAUUCAAUUCCUAAGUGGUUUUGGGACUUGUCUUUUGCAUCUUACCAUUUAAAUCUCUCAUAUAACCUAUUUUCUGGAUCCGUGCCUGAUGUGUUUGUGCAUAUGCAAAAUCUACUGUUCUUGAACUUGGCUAAUAAUAAUUUCUCUGGUCAAAUUCCAACCUCCAUAGGAUCUCUUUUCAAACUUGAAACGCUAAAUUUAGCAGGCAAUGCCUUGUCAGGAGAGUUACCUUCGUCGUUAAAGAAUUGCACUUUGUUGAGUUUCCUUGAGCUGAGUGGUAACAAAUUAUCUGGAAAUGUACCCACUUGGAUUGGGAAAAGCCUAUCAUCUCUGCAAUAUCUUAGUCUACAAUCAAAUCAUUUCCAUGGAAGCAUACCCUUGGAACUGUGCCAAUUAACAAAUGUUCAAAUUUUGGAUCUCUCUGUGAACAAUAUCAAUGGAACCAUACCACACUGCCUCAAGAAUUUGAAAGCAAUGACUGGUCAGGAUUCAACUGGAGCCAUCUUUCAUUCCUACACUUGGUUUGAUGGUUAUUCAACUCAUUAUAAUUUUUAUAUUGACAAGGCAUUGGUUCUUUGGAAGGGGAGGAAGUAUGACUAUGACAAAAGUCUUGGACUAUUGAGGAUAAUAGAUCUUUCAAGCAAUGAAUUACAAGGAGAGAUUCCAAGGGAAUUAUCAAGCCUCUCAGAGCUUAAACAAUUGAAUUUGUCCAAUAACAAGUUGACUGGUGCAAUCUCUCAAGAGAUUGGUUUCCUGAAGCAAUUGGAGUCACUUGAUCUGUCUCAAAAUCAGCUAUCAGGCAGAAUUCCUGAUAGCAUGGCUGGUUUACAUUUUCUGUCAUUCUUGAACUUGUCGUACAAUAAUUUGUCAGGGAGAAUUCCAUCAAGCACUCAGCUUCAGAGCUUCAAUGCUUCUGCAUUUACUGGUAAUCCUGCACUUUGUGGAUUGCCUCUUACACAAAAAUGCCCAGGAGACGAUGCAAAUCAAGUUCCACAAUCUAAUACGGAAAGUCAACAAAACGCAGAAGAUGGAGAUGGAUUUAGGAAAUGGCUUUACGCUGGCAUGGCACUUGGAUUCAUUGUCUGCUUCUGGGGUGUUUCGGGUACUUUGCUUUUAAAGCAUCCUUGGAGAGAAGCCCUUUUUUAAGCUUUUGGAUAACUCAGCAGAUUGGCUUCGUGGGAGAAGAUUCCAGAGGAAGUUUCAAAUUUAGAAUUCAUAAUCUUUCUUUCUCUUUGAAUUUGACUAGGUAACAUUUCGGAAAGGAUAGGAGCUACUUCUAUUUCAUAAGUGUGUGAAGGAAUGAAAUUCGGAAGGCCAGAAAGUGAAAUAUUAGUGGCUACUUUUGUAUCUCAUGUAUAAUAAUGAAAUGUCAUUAUGAAAUGUGCUAUAGCAAAUCUUCACUUUGUUUUUUCAAGAACUUCUUUCAAUAGCAUUGUUCAUACCUCUGAUGAAGCUUGACCUCGAGUAUCAUCAACCUUGUCGAAUUGUAAAAGUGGAGCAGGCACAACCAAAAUUGAUAUCUGAAUCCGAAGUAAUCUUUCUUUUCCAGGUCACUGAUUCUGUUCCGAUUAUUCAUCUUAGUUUGGGUGUUACAAUUCAAACAGUACUUAUUUCAUAGUUUUCCACUUUUCAAUCUUUCAUUCUAAGCAUAAAAGUAGAACAUAGCUUGAACAUGGAACCUGAGGCGCCUCAGGUUAAAAUUUAAAUUUCAAAUUAAUUUACGAGUAA